GGUAACACUAAAAGAUUGUUAUUGCACGUGCGUGGUUUGCUCUGAUCGGAUUCAAGUUGAUUGUUAAUUGAAAGCAUGCCCGCCGCCCCCACAGACAGCAGCAAUGGGAAGCCGAAGGCCACGGAGGCGCACAAGUCGUGGAAGAAGGUGAACGAGGAGCGGAAGACGCUGAAGCGUCAGCGCAAGCAGGACAAGCUGCUCAGGGAACUGCAGCAGGCGAAGGAGGCGGAGACCCGGGCGGAGGAGGCCGCCAGUGGGGCACAGGCGAAGACUCGGGCCAAUCCAUCCACCCUGAGCAUAGCGGUGCCCGGUUCCAUCCUCGAGAAUGCCCAAUCCGCCGAGUUGCGGGCCUACGUGGCCGGUCAGAUAGCCCGUGCCGCCUGCAUCUUCCGGGUGAACGAGGUGAUCGUCUUCGACGACGUGGGCAUAGCCACAGCCCGCGAAACGAAGCGCAGCUACGAGCCGGAGGCGGAGGGCAGUGCCACCGGCACCGUGCGCAGCAGCUCCCUGCAAUUGGCCCGCAUCCUGCAGUAUCUGGAGUGUCCGCAGUACCUGCGCAAGUACUUCUUCCCCCUGCACAAGGACCUCAAGUACUCGGGGCUGCUGAAUCCGCUGGACACGCCCCACCAUCUCCGCCAGCAGAGCAAGUUUCGUUACCGCGAGGGCGUCAUCUGCGACAAGAAGGCCAAGGAGGGCCAGAGCUACGCGAACGUGGGGCUGCUCAACGACGUUUUGGUGGACAAGGCCAUCGAGCCGGGCGUCAGGGUGACCGUGAAAAUGGAACCUCAAAGUGAGACGAGCAGAAAGCAGCGUGGAACUCUGGUCAGCCCGGAUGAGCCACGUCGGGAAACGGGUGUCUACUGGGGCUACCAAGUGCGCAUCGCCCACUCAUUGUCGGAGAUUUUCACCAAAUCCCCCUACGAAGGAGGCUACGAUGUGACGCUGGGCACCUCCGAUCGCGGCACCAACGUGCAUGAGGUACCCAACCGAUCCUAUGGCUUCAAGCACAUGCUCAUCGUCUUUGGCGGACUGCAAGGCCUGGAAUCUGCCCUGUCCAACGACGAGAAGCUCACCGUGGAUGAUCCGGAGCUGCUGUUCGAUCACUAUGUGAAUGUUUUGCCCCGCCAAGGAUCCCGAACCAUUCGCACGGAGGAGGCCGUGCUCAUUGCUCUGGCCGCUCUGCAGGAGAAACUUCAACCGGAAGUGCAGGAUGUGGAGACCGAUCUAAGUGAUCUGCUGCCCAAAAGUGAGGAUACUGGCAUAUCUGUGCGUCGAGAUGUUUUAGUUAGCAAAAAGCAGAAGAAAAGGAAGCUGCUGGAGGACACUACUGAAGCUCCAGUCGCUGAGGAGCCUGCUCCUCCAAAGCCAUUGCCUAAAGUGGCUAGACAAACGGCCAACCCAUUCGCCGAUCCUUCAGAGAGCUCGGAGCAGCAAACAGCCCCCGCAGAUGAUGACUUUGAAGUGGUUUCGUCCAGCACAGUUCCUGCAACACGAUUGUGCUCGAGCACAAAUAACGACUUGAGUCGGUUCGAUUGAAUGGAAUAGUUGGAAUUUUAUUUUUGUAAAUAUACAGAUCCAUAUGUGUGUUGCUUAA